GGGAUUGACGCGGGUCAGCCACUAAUGACUCUCAUAUCGUCAGAUUGUCUGCCUCUAGUUUCGGUUCUAAGAUUAUCUUGAACUAAGACGUAUUAUUUCUGGUUGCUGUCUACUGCUUUUUUAUUCGAUUCCUUACGCUACUCUGUCUGCUCCCCUAGUACACAAAGUACCUUUUGGCUAGAUGCAAACCGCUACGUAUUUGGCUAACCUACCAAGAUGAUAAGACUGAAAUAAUGCGGACUUGGACCUGGCUCUGAUUAAGCUACCACGAGCAUUGGGACAGUGCUUUUUUAAAAUGGGGAGCUUUGUAACGGGUUAAACUAUCUAUUCCUAGUUUCUGUCCUAAGAUUGUCGUAAUAUGAGACUUAUGCUAUUGCUGGUUUCUGCCUUUUGUUCUUCGUAGCAAAUAUAAAUACACUGCGUCUGCUUAGUCGUUGACUCGCCUUUUCUUUUUCUUUUAGUCCUCACAAUACUCUGCCUGCUCCCCUAGUACUCAAAGUGCCUUUUGGCGGGACGCAAACCGCUACACUUUGUAAAGGAAUUGGCUUUUCGUCCUGUUUUUCUUUGCUGGAAGGCUUACUGCAUUUACCAACUUGAUUUCCAGAGUUUCCUGUCCACGCAUUUAAACUGUUAGGUCUUGACAUCAUCUUGCUGAAUUAACCCUUGCUUCUUUAAACCUAUAUACACAGUGCUUAACUGUUUCUAAUCAAAGUAUUCACAGGUUAAGCGUAAAUAUUCUAGCAUUUAAGGGUCACAGUACAGUUCUCAUAUUUUGUGUACUUGUGAGGUGCAUUGGACAGCAUCUAGUCCUCGUGGAGCCGAAAGUAAUUUGAUGAGAAACGUUGUCAUUUCUUUGAAUUUAUUCUUGAAAAAGCCUUUUUACCAAUCAACUUACGGAGAACUACUUCGAGUUGCUUGUAAACGGCGGAUUCAUGGAUUCACUGAUGGGCUUGAAAAUAUUAUCGAAACAAAAGUUUCUGAAACUGAUGUUAGUAAACGCAUUUCUGGUCAAGAGUUAACGUACAAAGGAAAAAAUGAGCGUGUCAUAUUUUCAGCCAAUCAAGUUAGUGUCAAUCGCCCGGUCGAAGAUAGGUGGAUGGCUUCUCAUUUUGGUGAAGGGGACUUUAAUUCUCUUACUCUCAGCGAUCACAAACAGUCGAACGAUGAGAAAUCGGUUUAUGGUGGUACAUUAUUUACGGUUGUUGAUGGGCAUGGUGGACAUGCUUGUGCUCAUGCAGUCAAUUUGCUACACAGUGAUUACAUAAUUUCUGGUCUUCUACCUCCAAAAGUAUCUGAAAUCGCUUUACGAAAUCUCCACCAAAUUAAGGAGUUACGUACUCCGCGUUCAAUUUGUGAGUUGGCGGUCACAUUGUGGAUGACUUCUGGUGCAGUGGUUACCGGGGAAUCUGAACGCAUCGAGUUUGGUUUGAAAGCGGAUAAAAAUUCCAGAUUUCCCAAUCCUAAUCUGACUUCUAUGCAUAAUCAGCCUAGUGUUAGCUGGGGGCCUUGGGGUCCCUGGGGCCCUCUACCGUUGUCUGUUCGUGAUGCACAUAUUGGACACAUCAGUAAAUUUCUUGAAGAACUACUGUCAACCUGUGAUGAAAGGGAGUUUUUCUACAGUGAUAAUAGUGAGGGUGAUAUGAUUGAUCCAGAUGGGUUCAUUACUGCUCCAUUAAAUGCGAUUAAGGAAACUGUCAUGAAAUACUCCGAGCCUUCGUCUUCGUUAAGGCGAUCAGAAGAUCCCACUUUGUCCUCAGACUUCGAUCAGUCUGUUGAUAAUUUGCGCAACUAUAUAGCGGCUACUGCUUGGGCCCUGAGGAACGGUCUUCUUCGAAUGGAUCUGGAUACGUCUUUGGCAGCAUGCCCUACUUUCCAUGGUCCUGUGUUAGACAAAGCUUUGUUGCGUGUUGUGUUUGCUGGUUGUGUAGCAACCUCGGUCUAUAUACCUCGACAUCGAAAAGAAAUUUUUGCUGCUCAGGUAGGUGAUUGUGGGGCUGUAAUUGGAAGUUAUUCACCUCCUUGUGAAGUUCCAGUUACAAUUCCAUCUUCGAUAGACAUAUACACUCAGACCUCUGGGGAAUAUACUAAAGAGCAUUGGGAAGCCAAGCUGUUGAUUCCUCCUCAUAUAUCUGAAAAUGAAGCAGAUGUUCGGAGAAUUAAAUCAAGUCAUCCUGUCCAUGAAGCUGAAUUUAUAAUCCGAGAUGGUCGACUUCUUGGUGAAUUAAUGCCUUUACGUGCAUUUGGAGAUAUUCGUUUCAAAUGGUCAACAGAUGAUUUGAAGAACAUCGCACGCUUAUUGGAUCUCCCCCCUAAUUAUCCUAUCUCUCCACGUUUUUAUGCCAGUCCACCCUAUUUAGUUGCUACACCUCAAGUUUUGUGGAAACCUCUUUCUCCUCUUUGUGAUCACUUCUUAAUCUUGGGGACAGAUGGCUUGUGGGAUAUGAUUUCACCAGCAGAGGCUGUGGAUGUGGUUGCUCGUCAUUGGUAUGAUUAUAAAGGUAAUCCAUCUUGUGGUUCUGGGGAUACUGCUGCUAGUCGUUUAAUUCGAACUGCACUUGGUGGUACAGAAAUGAAUUCCGAACAAAUAGCCUUACACUUUUCAAUGCCAGCUUCUUUAGCUAGAUAUUAUCGGGAUGAUAUUACUGUUAUAGUUGUUUACUUACCUACUGCUUUCUGCGAUUCUUUGUAAUGAUUAAUUAUUACUUAUGUGUAAUUCAGAUUAGUUGUUUCUAUUCCAACUCUAGUUCUCAUCUGCCUAUACUCUUGUUUACUCUCCCAAAUAUCUUAGGUAUCGGUAUCAUAUGCACAGAAAUGAAGUAUUUCACACAAGCUAAAAAUCUGUAUGUUGAUUAGUUUCUGGUGUUUAUUCAGCAAUGUGAUAAAUACUUUUAUAGUUUCUUUAUCCUCUGACUUUAUUAAAUUAUCUUUUUUAUGUGGUAGCUUUUGUAAUGUAAAAUAGUAUGACCUAUCAUCGACUAGUUAACUGACCACUUAUUAAAACUCGAUGUAUAUUGAAACUGCAUUUAAAUCCUUUCAUAUAUAUUGUAUUACAUUAUUAACUAAUCUAAGUUAUUACGAUUAGUUGCUUUUAGCCACUUUCUUAUAGUAAACUUUCGCUUUGUAACCCUAACUAUACUUUUCUACUGAAAUUUCCUAUGUAUCCGAUAGAAUGUAUAUCAUUAUAGUUAUUGUUGUUUACAAUUGUUCGAACUCAGUUAAAUCACAUUUCAACACUUAGUUAUCUUAGUUUACUUUUCAUUUUAAAAAGUUUUAUUUGAUGCUUGUAUAUCUAAGGUUCCUUCGUCAUGAUAUCACAAAUGUAAUUGUGGAAGUUGGUAUAAUUGGGAAAAGAAUUACUCAAAAAAUUACUGUGAUUAUCAUCCUACUAAUUAGUAUGCUACUGUCAUCAACCAGGUCUCGUUAGUUCAACAAUUUUAUUUUAAUCCGUUAAACUGUGAACAUAAAAAGUGCAAAUGGGUUGUUGUUACUACCAUUAUUAUUCAUAAUGUAUAAUCAGAUAUGUUUUAGCUUGUGUAUGUGUUUUUACAUUAAUCUUUUGUUUUCAAAUGUAUCCAAUUAUUUUCUAUCAUACCUUACCUUCCUGUACUUUUGAUUCGUUCAUGUUUGAUAUUUUUGAAUAAGAGAGGCCAGUAUACAUUGUAUUCUUGACUUGUAUAUUUAUUAUUCGUUAUCUCUUCCAGCUAUCUUCUGGUAAACUUAUCAUUAUCCACUGCCUUCCUUACUGAGUUUGAUGUCUCUUUCUUUUCGGGAAAAAUAUAAAGUUAAAAAAGUAAGAAGAAUUCGAGAUAAAGUAAUCACGUAUCGUAUCACUUUUCUACCGAUCAUCAGGUAUGAGUUCACGUGUUAUAAAUUGUUAAUUUGUUUUUACUCAGUGGUUUUGGUAUAUUUGUGUAAUAAUGAGUUAUAAAUCAGAAAUGUCUUUAUGAUUAAAUAUUGUUUGUACAUAAAAAAUCCAAUAUAAUUCUUUACUAGUCAUA